GAAGCAACCUACACAACCUUCCAAUCCAAGACCGAUCAGAUACCCCGAUCCUCCCGAACCCCAAAUCAGAUCUCACACGCUUUGGAGCGAACAGUCCAAGGAGCAGAGCAGCCUUCCUCUUCCUCUCUUCUCCGAUCGGAAGCAGGCGCGGCGGCGGUAGCGGAAGCGGCAGUCGCCGUAGGAGCGGAUCGCGAUGGGAGCGGAGUGCAAGUACGAGGUGGCGCAGGUGGCGUACGUCAAGCUCGCGCUGCACGCCCUCAAGCACCCCGCCGCCGCCGUCAACGGCCUCCUCGUCGGCCGCCUCCUCGACGGGGCCGCCUCCCCCGCCGCCGUCGUCUCCAUCGCCGACGCCGUGCCGCUCUCCCACCACCCGCACCACCUCCCGCUGCUCCCCACCCUCGAGCUCGCGCUCACGCUCGUCGAGGACCACUUCGCCGCGCAGGGCCUCGCGGUCGUCGGCUACUACCACGCCAACGCGCGCCGCGACGACGCCGACCUCCCGCCCGUCGCCAAGCGCGUCGGGGACCACGUCUUCCGCAACUUCCCCCGCGCCGCCGUACUCCUGCUUGAUAACAAGAAGCUGGAGGAGGCAGUCAAGGGGAAGAGUCGCGAGCCAGUCGUUCAGCUAUACACUAGGGAUUCAUCAAAAAGCUGGCGUCAGGCUGGAUCAGAUGGAAGUAGUCAGCUGACUUUAAAAGAACCAUCAACCAAUAUGGUCUUAGCCGAUCAUGUUACAACGAAGAAAUGGCAGCAAGUUGUUGAUUUCGAUGACCACCUCGAUGAUAUUAGCAAAGAUUGGUUGAACCCAGGGCUACUUGCUUGAAAUAAUUAUGUGCUUUGAUAUUUUUAUACUUGUUGGUACCAAUAUGUUGAGGCUCGUCUCACCAGAUUAUUGCGGUUCUCUCUAUAGCUAGACGAGUUAUUUGACAGGGUUUGUACUUAAAUAUGGACAAGUAAUUUUUGUAACAAACUGUAGCAUGUGAAAAUGCUUAGAUCUGCAUUAAGAUUACUGGCGUUCAUGCCAUUUCUUCCCUCUUAUCUCUCUUGGAAAAUUGGUAUCGGAACAUUCUGGUUCUA